AAAAAUGGAAAUGACUCCUUCAAGGUACUUAAGACAAAGACACACAUGGAGUGAAGAGAAAGGACAAGGAAUUGUUUUCACACGGUUUUUGAGAUUUCACGGGAUUUGGAAGCUCUGAAUUGGAUUUUUCUUGUUUUGAUCCCUUCCGGUACUUCGUUGCCUUACAGAAAGUUUUUUAUUUAAUAACUCUUCAUUUCAUCCGGGAAGCGCUGAUCAUUUCAGAACAAAUACAGGAAACUUUACUCUCUCAGAUGUAAACAUGUUUGACAGUGAAGGAGGGUUUAUUCGUGUUCAUUCUGACGAUAGGAUUAACUUUACCGGGUCUCUUCCGAGAGAUCCUUCUAACAGUGAUUAUAAGACAAGUGUAUCAAUUUGGGUACAUACAUUAGGCUUUACGAAUGCCUACAAUCUCUUCUGUCUGCCUUUUAAGUCUCAUUACAACGACUCGACGGGGACGGCUGCUGACAGGGAUAUUGGAUGCUGAGCAAGAAUUGAAGAGACAGGUGGCAGGAGGAUUAUUACAUUCAGCUGUUACCUCAAUGACACAAAUAAAUUUACUAAGCAAAUUAACAUAACUGAUGGAAAUAACCCAGGAGGAUGGGAUGUAUACGAUUUCUUAUUUAAUGCAGAAAAUCUCGCAAGCUUUGGGCCUUCAAUCAGCAAUCAUUUGCAGUUAUGCUAUCUGACUGAUGCUACUACAAGAGUUUGUGAAGACAUUACAGACAGCACCACUACUACUGACCCAGUUUACUCAGGCCAUCACACAAUUGGAGGGUUCACAGAAGACUGGUCUUCUUACACGCACUCCCUAGUGGGUGUAAUCGUCAGGAUAUGCUUCCAAGACAAAUUUGAACCCUGAUCUAACGAACUCAGAGACUGGCUGAUCUCCAAUUACUCUAAUGCUUUUGCUAUCCAUUUCAAACUCAAAGAUGCAGCUCAGAAUGGGUUUGAAGAUAACCAUGUCACCAAUCAAGGAGUUGACUCUUCAGGAGGAAAUACCUCUGUCUACUUAAGGAAGCAGAUUAAUCCUGAUUAUUAUUCUAUGGCAGUCACCAACAUGGGCUGGAUAUACAAAGAUACUGGUUCUUCUUAUGCUGUUUCAGAUGAUAUUGAGAUAGACUACUCUUCUCAGUUGACCAUUGAAAUGGACCUGUUUCUCUACAAAUUAAAUAAUCUGUAUCUGGAUGUUUACCUACAAAGUAAGCCUUCGUUUGAGAUUUGGGAAAUUUUAAUUAUCAACAAGAGAAAUUCUGGGAAAUGUGUUUGAGGAGAACCAAGCGACUUAAUAAUUAUAGAAAAUAGCGGGUAUUUGGUCCCACAAUUUUAUUUCACUGGAGGAAAAAGUACUCUUUAUCCAACUAUUAUCAGCACUAAGACUCCAAAACGGAAUCCUCAAAUCCACAGCGAACAAUACCAACGUGACCUCAAAAAUAUUAAGGUUUUCAAGAUGCCUAGGAAUAAUAACAAUUAA